CGUCCAUAAUGUAAAUUGACGAAGAGAUCUGCUGGUAUUUCAGGUCCAUUUAUUGGGAAAAUCAUUCGCCGACGGUCGAUUUCGUGCGAUUCGUUUUACACAUAUACAUCAUUUAUUGGUCCAUGUGUUAUAAGAGAAAUGUUCUUUGUAUUGAAGAAGGAAGUGGAAACAAUAUGUAUUCAUUUUUAGUAGAUGAUUUGAACUGAGUAUCAACUGUGUAAUGUCCAGUAGAAUGGACGUGCAGCAAACUUACACUACCAAUUAUGUGCAAAAAAUAACUUUAUAAAAAGAAACGUAUUUAACAAUACAACAUGGAGGACGUACUGGAAACAAUACACAUCACGUAGCAAUAUAAUGUGCAUGCGAACCUCUGUACAACACAGUCUAAUUUAUCUCACCCAUCCACUUUAAUUUGUAUGUUAAUCAAGAACUGAUAUUAACAACAAUGGCAUCACACUUGGCGUUGGAUUGUCUCCGUGCAAUGGACAAGAUGCGCCAGAAAGCCGAAAUGUGUGAUCUCAAACUCACAGCUGAAGGGAUUGAAUUUCCUGCACAUAAAGUAGUAUUAGCGGCUUUUAGUGCCAACUUUUACCAGAUAUUCUCACUAGAGAAGACAUGUGUCUGUUUAUCUCGUGUCAAGCUUCAUGGAACAUCAGCAAGCAUUGUGGGACUCGUUUUGGAUUUUCUAUAUACGGGAUCGAUCACAUUUAAUAUGGACAUAGUCAUACAUCUUCUGAAAUUCGCAAGUUCAUGGAAAAUUCCGUCGCUUGAGUCGUACUGUUACGAGUUCCUCCAUCAACAGUUGACACCCGAAAACUGCCUCAGUUUGAUGCAAAUCAUUAAUAACGCUCUGCAGAAUCACGAAAACUACGAUAAUGUCAAUCCCGUGGAGGGAUACUGCUACGAGAACUUUGGAUCGGUCAGUAAAACUACAGAAUUUUUACAACUCAAUGUGGAAAUGCUAAUCAGUUACAUCAAUAAGGGAGAUUUCAUGAACACAAAUCCAGACAGUGUCAAUAGUGCCCUCAUGAGGUGGGUCAAAUUUGACGCUGAUAACCGGGAGCCUAUUUUUCUGGAUCUCGUGAAGCAGCUUCAUUUGGGAUCACUGAAUAAAAAUGAGUCUUCAAGACAGAGGCGUCCUGUCGGAGGAAAUGGUAGCCAGGGUGGAAUGAUGAAUAACUUGCUGGACGAGGAAGUGCUAAGAAUGGAAGUGGAAGAGAUUGAGACCCAACGUGAAAGUCGUCACACAAUUUUUACUGGCAAUGAUGAGAUGAGUGGAAUAAACAAUGAUUGUGAUAUGCCCAGUAUGUCCAACCAAUCAGGGGACAGAAUGCAAAUCUCAAACCGGGGUUUCACCAUCUUUGGCGAGGAGGAAGAACGAACAAAAAAUGACAACGCCAAGGCAACUGAUUGCUGUGUCUGGUAUGUUGAUGGCAACAGUUUACAGAUAAAACAAGAAAGCACUGUUGAAAGUCAUGUACAAGAAGUCAAUGCCACUGUACACGAAUCUGAAGUAGUGGCAAACGAUGCUGAGGAUGACGAACCCAAAAAAAUUUAUUCUUGUUUACAGUGUGGGAAAGAAUACUCUUCUCGGAACAAUCUUAAACGACACAAGCUUACUCAUUUAGGGAUGAAGCCGUAUAGGUGUAAUAUUUGUAAAAGGACCUUUCAGCGAAGAGAUUAUGCUAUUUGGCACCAGCAGAAAUAUCAUAAUUUCUUUGGCAGAGAUAUUAGCAUUGUCAGUGUUCUUCAGGUGCCAAAGUUUCCCCUCAAUAGAUCUGAAGCUUCGCAGUCGGUGAAAGCAUCAUCCACUGGUGAAUCACCUGCAGCACCAAGUAUGUCAUCUCGCAAGGGACGAGGUGUGGGUGGGUCAAAACAAGCGUCAAAUGCACCAAAGGCGUUUCAGUGUCCGCAGUGUGGAAAGCAGUUUGUGUCAAGCAGAACACUAAAGCGACAUAAACUGACCCACACUGGGUUAAAACCGUUCAAGUGUAACAUCUGUGGGCGGAGCUUUCUUAGAAAAGACUACGCAAUAUGGCAUCAACAAAAAUUUCAUGAGCAUUUCGGACGAGAUAUUACUGUUUUGCCAACUGACUUAAACUCUGUUUCUACUUCUGGCACAAUCACUAACAAGAGGCGUGCUGAUUUUGGGUUCAAAAGAUACAAGGUCAAAAAGGAACCAGUGGAUAAUGCAGAGUCAGCAACUGAAGAAAAAGAAACAAAUUUUAAUUUGAAUAUACAAGAACCAUGUCAAAAUGAAGGUCAACCCGAAAUGCCAAUAUAUAACGACCAACAUUACUACGUAGCUCAGGAGUUUGAUAUUCACCAAGGGUCCAGCAAUGAAGCUCCAUCAAGUGUACCAGUAUACGCCACAGCCAUGGAGCCACAGCACAAUCCAGCAGUAGAAGAUCAACCACUGGAAAUUAAUCAUCCACCAAUCAAACCAAUCAAGUUUAGCAUCUUGCCUCGGCGCAGUCGACGAAAGAACUGUGACGUUAAACGUCCACGAAAAAUACAAGUGGAAAUUGAGAAUGAAUCACCAGUGGUAGAACAAUUUGAAGAGUCCACUCCGUCGCAGUUAGAAAGUGUUGCUUAUUUUGAUCAAACGGCGAUGAGCAAUGUGGUACUAAACUUGAGUAAGCAUAAUAACAUGGUCAGUGGGGAUGAACAGAAUAGCUGUGACUACCCAGGAAGUUACGUUUUACCAAGCAGUAGCACUCCUGUCAUGGCAUAUGAAAAAAGCAAUGCAAAAAGUGAUGUAAAAACUCCAAUGGUGGAUGAAAGUGAACUUGAUGAAAGUAAUCUUGUUAUUGACAUGCCAAGUGUGCGAUAUGUCUCUGUCAAUGCCAAGUUCUCUUGUGAUCAGUGCCAGAAAACAUUCAAAUCUAGUCGAACCUUGAAACGCCAUAAACUGAACCAACAUGGACUUGUACGUUUUCGUUGCAACAUUUGUCAUCAUAUCUUUCGUCGCAAAGAUUACGUAGUGUGGCAUCAACGAGAGUGUCAUAAACACUUUGACCGCGAUAUCUCCGAGAUUACAGUUGAUUCCAGUGAUAAGAAACAUCCAUCGCCUUCAGGUGACGAGAAUGAGAAGGUCAACUCAAAUUUAAACAAUCAUACUCAAGCAGAAGAUUCAGGAAUCUCUCUCAACUUGGUGAAGAAGCAAAGACGCGGAAAGGGGAAGGAAGGAGAGAAAGACUUUUUCCAGGAAAAAUUUGGUGAAAAACUGGGGUUGAAACGAAAAAGUCAUAGCCCCUCAAAAUCAGAAUCUGUGUGUGAUGAUGUUGAGAGUGAAGGUAAAAGGCCACCAAUAAGACUGAAAUUGAAUCUGAAAGCUGCUGGGUUAUGCCAAUCAGCUGAGGAUGUUGAUUACAUAGAGUCUGAGGACUCUCUGCCGAGGAACGGAGACACUGAGGGAAAACAUGGCUGCAGUAUGUGCAACAAGGAAUUUACUUUGAAGAAAAACUUGAAACGACAUGAAUUAAUACACUUGGGUAUUAAGCCAUUUAAUUGCGAAAUUUGCUGGAAGACAUUCACUCGAAAUGAGGAUAAAUUGAACCAUAAACGAAAAGUUCAUGAAUGUUAUGACGUUGAAACAGAGGGAUUGACAAACUUGCACGAGGAAUACAGCGAAAACUGUGCGACAAACUUGGAGAGUAGUGGCCUUCAGAGUAAUUCUGAAUGUGAUCUGAAAGAUAAUAUGCAGUACUUUGCAAAAUUGGUGGGUGAACCUUUAAAUGCUAAAGAUUUGAGCGUCAACCAUGACAAAGCCAGCGACGAUUCGGAGCCUGAUAUGUGCGUGCAGGUGGUAGCUGAUGAAGGGUUUGCAGGUUCUGAUCCUGAGACGUUGAAUCACCUUCAGGAAUGUGCGAAUCAAAAUGAGCUCAGCGAAAGUUGUAAAUCAGAGACUAAUGCAAUGAAUAGCAAUGUCGAGGCUGUGGAGAACAUUAUUGGUGCGACAGAUAAGACUAAUGUGGAAUUACAACAUUAUGAUGAUGUAAGCAAGAGGACUUGUACGAUCACUGAGAACGUGAUCAGCUGA